AUGUCGGUCUCUUCUCUCGCCUCCUUCGAGUACCUGGAAGGGCUUCCCGGUACAACAUUCAGAAGGCUAUACCUACAACCCUCCACGACUUUGGCCAUCUUCAGGCGCAUGCUACCUCAUCUGGCAAAAACAUUCGUCAUGGCUAUGUUGUACAUGACCAAGCCUAUACCACUUACAGAUCUCGACCUUUGGGUCCAUCCAAGUAGCAAGAGACAACCAACCGAAGCCCUCUCUCUACUGUCUCGACUUCAUAUCGUCCAUAUAACGGCACGUACUCGAGACGAACCGCAGGUGGUGUCCCUAACGAAAGCAUUCGGGUCUUCCUUACGGCUCGCCUUGACUGGCGGUGGUGACCACCAAUCAUUCGGAGUUCCAUCGAAUGACUCUACCACGGCAGAUGUAGAUCUCAACUUCCUCGACGAUUAUGCACAAAUGCAAUGGGAAGGGAUCUUGCAUUUUGUAGUGAGCAGUGUGGGGGAGGGUAUGCGUCAAAAUACGCAGGGCCCGACUCCCGCAGUCAAGCAAUUACUUGAGUCUGGGAAUCUAGUUACGAGAGCGAGACAUUCUGGCGGAGGUAUCACACAAGCUGGUUUUUCAUUUCUGUUACAGGAGGCUAAUGCCCAAGUUUGGACGCUACUCCUACUGUGGAUUAAGAAUGCGAAACAGAUGGAAAUGGAUUCUGUCGAUGUUCUAUCGUUCCUCUUCAUGCUAGGAUCUCUUGAACUGGGGCGCGCGUAUAGCACCACCACACUUACGGACUCGCAAAAGCAAAUGAUCACCUACUUGGUAGACUUUGGCUUGGUCUACAUUCCUCCAUCGUCGAAGAAUCAGUUUUUCCCUACGCGGCUGGCUACGACCCUUACUUCCGAUGCUACUGCUCUGCGUAGUGUGGCAGCUGGCUUUGAUGCUGCGCAUACGAAUGCUGCAGCGCAGAAAGGAUUCAUAAUCAUCGAAACGAAUUAUCGAUUAUACGCAUAUACUACCUCUCCUCUGCAAAUCGCCGUCCUCUCACUCUUCACAAAACUCACCACUCGUUACCCCAAUAUGGUUUCCGGGCGUAUAACACGAGAAUCCAUAUACAGGGCUAUUUCACAUGGCAUCACAUCCGACCAAGUGAUCUCGUACCUCUCCACACACGCGCAUCCUCAACUGCUUAAAGCCUCAGCUGCACAUGGUGGAGGACCUGUUCUCCCUCCUACGGUAGUGGACCAGAUCCGGCUUUGGCAGAUCGAAAACGAAAGAAUGAAAGCGACGUCUGGAUUUCUCUUUAAAGAAUUCGAAAACCAGCAAGAGUACGAUGGGUGCGCGAAGUAUGCAGAUGAAGUUGGGGUCCUCGUCUGGAAAAGCGAUCCCAAAAGGAUGUUUUUCGUAAGCAGAGUGGAGCAACUGAAGGAUUACAUCAAAAGUCGAAAGAUGAAGUAG